AUGGAUAUUCGCGGUAGGAAAAUGAGAAAACCUCCUGCUUGUGUUCAAUGUCGUAAAAGAAAGAUCGGUUGUGACCGUGUCAAGCCCAUCUGUGGUAAUUGUAGGAAGACCAACAAGGGAGACUGUUUUUUUCCUGAUAUUCCUGGAAGAUACGUCCCAGCACAUUCCAAGGGGCCUUCCAAAUUGUUGAGUACCCCUACUCCUUCUCAAUAUUCAAGAGAUAAUAGUUCCGCCAUAUUACACCAUAAUCCAGAAUUAGCCUCAUUGGAACAAAUUAGAGAAUAUAAUACGAGAUUACAAUUGUUAAAUAACGAGGAAAUGAGGAAUUCCCCAACUCCGCAAGAAUUGGCUCAAUUUAUUCCAAGAUCUGUGCCGGGAUUGGAGGGCAAGGCAGUUAGUUCUGUCAAUGAUAAUGCUUUAGAUUUAAAUUGGAUUCAAGGACCUGCUAUCUUUGAUCAAAUGACUACUCCUUAUACUCAAGAAGAAGUUGUUAUGAAGGAAAUUGAUUUCUUAAAAUCAAGAUUAUUGGAAUUGGAAGAGAUCACAGGAAAGAAAAUUCCAGAAUUAAAUCUAUCAUGGAAGGAUAUUAGUAAAUAUCACGGUUUCAACGAUGAAGAUGACACUAAUGAAGAAUUGAAUAAUCAAAAAAAGAGAAAAUUUGAUGAACAACAAGAAGAAGAUGAAAAUGAUGAUUUAGAAUUGAAUACUUUAUACGAAAAGAUUGAUGAAUUUAGAGAUUUGGAUCCAGAAUUUUUGGAUUUUAAUCAAGUUUUUUCAAUCUUUGAAAAGGACCCUAAUAAUAAUUGUUCUUUCCCAGAUAAACCCAAUGCCAUCUUCACUUCAAAUUUCUUGGUUAACCGUGAUUUUUUCUUACAACAGUUUUAUGAUGUGUUCAAUAGCAUCGUAUCAAAUAAAUUUAAGGAAAGGAAGGAAGAAUGGGAACAAAAAUUACAUACUCUUUCUUCAAUUAGUCUCAAGACUGAAGACCAAUUAAAAUUCCCAACACGUGAUUGGACAAUCCAACUAAUUAACAGGUAUACAAGUACCGUGAUAGAAUCCAUAUCGUUAAUUCCAAUCCUCAACCAAAAUGCAUUAUUGUCGUAUGUGGAGGAAGCAUUUGCUAAUGGAUCCGUUUUCGUUACUGAUAAGUUAGAAUUAGACGUAUUAUUAAAAUUGGGUGAAUUGACCAUUCUUCUCUUACUGACUUAUGAGUCUCUAGUGGACACAGUAUUAAUCUCCUUCCAAGACUCACAAGUGCAAGAAUUCAAACAAUUGAAGUCUUUCGUCCCCACAUUAAUAUCCAAUUUACAGGCCAUUAAAAUUGAGAUACAAAAACGUAGUAUUUCCUCAAAAUCAGUAGAAGUUCUAAAUUUCUAUGCUCUGGCUAAAUUCUAUCAAUCAGUCACAUCAUAUGAUUUAGCUAAUAUUAAUAACAUGGUUGAUUUUGAUGAAGAUGUCCAUUUAGCAUUCCAACUUUCUUUAAAUCAUGAAAAUAAAGAUGAACAUUCUAUCAUGAUUUGGAAUUUUAUCUAUAAAGCUUAUUGUUGGAGACAUUUAUUUAAGGGAGAAGUUCCAUUUUUAACACAAGGUAGAAAAUUAAACUCAGCGCCAAUAAUUGAUCCUCUAUUGACUAUCGAUUUCCCCUUUUUAAAUUUAGAUUCUGAUUUGGUUCGUUAUCUUCAAACUAAAGACCGUCUAAUUUCAUUGCAAAAGGUGGUAGAUUUUAAUGAACUAUACAAGGUCAAGUAUACAGAAUUACAAAGAAAAGCCACAUCCUUACCUUCCAUGAUCGAUAAUACGGUUAACUGUUUAAUAUACCGUAAUACUACUGUAUUCCUAAUGUAUUACUUGCUUCUACAAUAUGAAAAAUUAAAUCAAGAUGAGAAAUUUAUUGAAAUCUAUAAAGAGUUCCUACAAUUGAUUCAAGAAACCCUCUUUUACAUAUUUUCCAAUUUGGCUAACUUGAGAUUUGCUGGACACGAAUUCAUGUUUACCAAUAAGGCAUUUGUCACAUUAGAACAUGUCGCAGAACUACUACUCGGAUUACAUCAACGAUCAUUUUUCGCUUUUAGUGCCGUUGACGUAACCAUAAAUGAUUCUAUUAAACUGGAGACGAAGCACCAUUCAGAGGCUAUUGGGGUCAUUUUGAAGAAGACAUUGAUGCUAUUACAAGAUUAUUCUAAAAAUUGUAAAGCAACAAACCCAUCAGUAAGAAAGGUUAUUUCUAAAUUAACUACAAUCUUGGAAUAUGUGGCAUUAUGUGAAUCAGGGGCCAAUAAUGAAAUUGUAAAUAAAAUAAAAUCCAACCUCCUUGGUAAAACAAAUGCUUUUGAAAAGAUGGAUCCAUCAACACUAUCUAAGAAUAUUGUCAAGUUGAAUGCCAUUUCUGAGUCUCUAAUCAAAUCAGAUUUCUACUCUACGAGGAAACAUUUCCAGGCAAAGAAUCCUGGGACUUUUGGAUUGACAAAUGAAUCAUUUAAUAGCAUAUAUGGAUCAUUUUAUGGAUAG